CUGCCCUGACAAGUGCGAGCUUUAAAACACAGCAGCCGGGGGAUCGAGCUGGGAGCUCUGCCUGCCUGUCUCCUCUCAAGAGAACUACGCUGUGCCCGAGAGAGAAGGGAGGGGAGCCGCAGAAAGGGAAAAACACACACACACACUCACUCACACUCACUCACACACACACACACACACACUCACAACCCGAGGAGGGGAACAAGGCAGGAAAAGAGAAGUGGAAGGUGUGCAGAGUGCACGGAUCUCUCCAUGCUGAAGGAGGGUGAAGCCUGAGGUUCCGUGGGCUGCCCCCCACGCCGCGUUCGGAGAUGUCUUUAGAGGAGUUUGUCUUCGGGGACGUUGCGGAGAACGGGCUCUCUCAUGGCCAGGAUCCGGAGGGGGCUCUCCUGGAGCAGAUGGCCAGCCUGGCCGCGGACCUGCAUCCGCCCGGAAACUUCCGCGUGAAGUUCAAAAAGAAGCAGAACAAGAAGAGGCCCACCAUCCUGGAAGCAUCACCGGUGGGUAACGGAUACAGCAAGCCCCCCAUCGCCCCCGUCUGCAGUGCGCAGGGAGAGAAGGGCCCCCCCACCAUGAUGCCCAUCAGCGUGGACCCCGAGAGCAAGCCGGGGGAGUACGUCCUCAAGAGCCUCUUCGCCAACUUCACCACCGUGUGCGAGCGCAAGAUAGGCAUCAUCAUGGCCGAGCCGCUGGAGAAGUCGUUGGCGAAAUCCCUACAGAGAGGUGAAGAUCCGCAGUUUGACCAGCUGAUCAGCACCAUGAGCUCUCUGGCUGAGUACUGCCUGCCCUCCAUGUUGCGGACGCUGUUCGACUGGUACAAGAGACAGAACGGCCUGGAGGACGAGUCCCACGAGUACCGGCCCCGCGCCGGCACCAAGUCCAAAAAUGACGAGCAGCAGAGGGAUUACCUACUUGAAAGAAGAGAUCUGGCCAUCGACUUUAUUUUCUCUUUAGUACUUAUAGAGGUUUUAAAACAGAUCCCUCUGCACCCAGUCCUGGACAGUUUGAUCCAUGAAGUCAUUAACUUGGCCUUCAAGCACUUUAAAUACAAAGAAGGGUACCUCGGUCCCAACACUGGCAAUAUGCACAUUGUAGCAGACCUCUACGCGGAAGUCAUAGGAGUCUUAGCCCAGGCCAGGUUCCUGGCCGUGAAGAAGAAGUUUGCGGCCGAGCUGAAGGAGCUUCGGCAGAAAGAGCAGAGUCCAUACGUGGUGCAGAGCACCAUCAUCCUCAUCAUGGGCCUCAAGUUCUUCCGCAUCAAGAUGUACCCCGUGGAGGACUUUGAGGCCUCAUUUCAAUUCAUGCAGGAGUGCGCCCAGUAUUUUGUGGAAGUGAAAGACAAGGACAUUAAGCACGCCCUGGCAGGCCUCUUUGUUGAGAUUUUGGUCCCCGUCGCUGCGGCUGUAAAGAAUGAGGUGAACGUCCCCUGUCUGAGGAACUUCGUGGAAAGCCUGUAUGACACAACGUUGGAACUUUCCUCCAGGAAGAAGCACUCUCUGGCCCUGUACCCGCUGGUGACGUGUUUGCUGUGCGUGAGCCAGAAGCAGUUCUUCCUCAGCAGAUGGUUCAACUUCCUCAACAACUGCCUCUCCAAUCUUAAGAGCAAGGACCCCAAAAUGGCGCGGGUUGCACUGGAGUCCCUCUACCGCCUACUCUGGGUCUAUAUGAUCCGCAUCAAGUGUGAAAGCAACACUGCGACGCAGAGUCGCCUGAACACCAUCAUCACCAACCUGUUCCCCAAGGGCUCCCGCAGCGUGGUGCCCAGGGACAUGCCACUCAACAUCUUUGUCAAGAUCAUCCAGUUCAUCGCUCAGGAAAGACUUGAUUUCGCCAUGAAAGAGAUCAUCUUUGACCUACUGUGUGUUGGGAAGGCGGCCAAGGCCUUCAGCCUUAAUCCUGAGAGGAUGAACAUCGGCCUGAGGGCCUUCCUUGUCAUCGCUGAUAACCUGCAGCAGAAGGACGGGGAGCCCCCCAUGCCCAACACGGGGGCCACCCUGCCCUCAGGGAACACCCUGCGGGUGAAGAAGACCUACCUGAGCACCACGCUGACUGAGGAGGAGGCCAAGCUCAUAGGUAUGGCCAUGUAUUACGCCCAAGUACGGAAGGCCAUUGACAACAUGCUGCGGCACCUGGAUAAGGAAGUGGGGCGGAGCAUGAUGAUGACCAACGUGCAGAUGCUGAACAAGGAGCCAGAGGACAUGAUCACAGGGGAGAGGAAGCCGAAGAUCGAUCUCUUCCGGACGUGCGUGGCGGCCAUCCCGCGCAUCCUGCCCGACGGCAUGUCCAAGCCCGAGCUCAUCGACCUGCUCGCUCGGCUCACAAUCCACAUGGAUGACGAGCUGCGGCUGAUAGCGCAGAACUCUCUGCAGUCCCUGCUGCUGGACUUCCCCGCCUGGCGGGAGGACGUGCUCUUCGGCUUCACCAACUUCCUGCUGCGGGAGGUGCAGGACACCCACCCCAGCCUGCUGGACUCCUCCCUCAGGCUGCUCCUGCAGCUGCUCACCCAAUGGAAGCUGGCCCUGCAGGCCACCUGCAAAGGUCACGACCCCAAGCUGCUGCAGACGGGCCCCGGGCCGAAGCCCCCCGGGGAGCGGAGCCCCCACAGCGCCGUGCUGCACGCGGCCGAGGGCCUGGCCCUGGUGCUGCUCUGCUCCUGCCUGACCAGCACCCGCCGGCUGGCCAUCGCCAUCCUGAAGGAGAUCCGCUGCCUCUUCUCCUCCAUCGGACAGGCCGAGGACGACGACAAGCCCAUGAUCGAGGUGUUGGACCUGUUCAGCCCCGCGGUUCUGGAGAGCUUCGUCCACGUCGCCGUGUCGGACUCGGUCACCCUGCCCCAAGGCCACCACGUGGACUUGCAGUGGCUGGUGGAGUGGAACGCGGUCCUGGUCAACAGCCACUACGACGUGAGGAGCCCCUCCCACGUGUGGAUCUUCGCCCAGUCGGUGAAGGACCCCUGGGUGCUGUGCCUCUACAGCUUCCUGCGGCAGGAGAACCUGCCCAAACACUGCCCCACGGCGAUGAGCUACGCCUGGCCCUACGCCUUCACCCGCCUGCAGCUGCUCAUGCCCCUGGUGGACCCCAACAGCCCGGUCUACGCCAAGAAGACGAGCACGGCGGGCGGCGGGGACAGCUACGUCACGCUGUGGCGGAACUACCUGAUCCUGUGCUUCGGCGUGGCCAGGCCCACCGUCAUGAGCCCCGGGCACCUGAGGUCCUCCACCCCCGAGAUCUCCGCCGGCACUCCCGAUGGCAGCGCCGCCUACGACAACAAGGCGAUCGGGACCCCCUCUAUUGCCUGGAUCCUGAAGCAGCUGGUGCCCCUGAUGAGGGUGGAGAGCAUCGAGAUCACAGAGUCGCUGGUGCUAGGCUUCGGCCGGACAAACUGCCUGGUGUUCAGGGAGCUGGUGGAGGAGCUGCAUCCUUUAAUGAAGGAAGCCCUGGACCGGAGACAAGAGAACAAGAAGAGGCGUGAGCGCAGAGACCUUCUGAGACUGCAGCUGCUGAGGAUCUUCGAGCUCCUGGCAGAUGCUGGCGUCAUUAGUGACAGCUCUAACGGGGCUCUGGAGCGGGACAGUCCGGCUUUGGGCGCACUCUUCCUGGAGUACGUGGAUCUGACCCGGAUGUUUCUGGAAGCUGAGAAUGACAAAGACCUGGAGAUCCUCAAAGACGUCCGGGCCCACUUCAGUGCCAUGGUGGCUAACCUCAUCCAGUGUGUCCCAGUCCACCACCGGCGGUUCCUGUUCCCCCAGCAGAGCCUGCGGCACCACCUCUUCAUCCUCUUCAGCCAAUGGGCCGGGCCCUUCAGCAUCAUGUUCACCCCGCUGGACCGCUACAGCGACCGGAACCACCAGAUCACCCGAUACCAGUACUGCGCUCUGAAGGCCAUGUCCGCGGUGCUGUGCUGUGGGCCCGUCUUCGACAACGUGGGGCUGUCCCCGGACGGCUACCUGUACAAGUGGCUGGACAACAUCCUGGCCUGCCAGGAUCUGCGGGUGCACCAGCUGGGCUGUGAGGUGGUCAUCCUGCUGCUGGAGCUGAACCCUGACCAGGUGAACCUGUUUAACUGGGCCGUGGACCGCUGCUUCACCGGGUCCUACCAGCUCGCCUCUGGCUGCUUCAAGGCUAUUGCCACAGUCUGUGGGAGCAGAAACUACCCUUGCGACAUCGUGACCCUGUUGAACUUAGUCCUCUUCAAGGCCUCCGAUACCAACAGGGAAAUAUAUGAGAUCUCCAUGCAGCUCAUGCAGAUUCUGGAGGCGAAGCUGUUUGUGUACUCAAAAAAGGUCGCUGAGCAGAAGCAGAGCAGCGUGCUGUACGGCACCCACGGUCCCCUGCCGCCCCUCUACAGCGUGUCGAUAACCCAGCUCUCCGCUGAGCUGGCCAGGAUGUACCCACAACUCUCUCUGCCCCUCUUCUCAGAGGUCAGCCAGAGGUUCCCCACCACCCACACUAACGGGCGGCAGGUCAUGCUCACCUACCUCCUGCCCUGGCUGCACAACAUUGAGCUGGUGGACGGCAGCCUGGCGCCCCCCAACUCCAGCCCCUGCACCCCCGAGGAGAGCCGGGACCGGGGGGCGUCCCACCAGCUCCCGGGGACCGGCUGGGGCUCCCUGCAGGCCACGUCGCUGGUCCUCAACAACCUCAUGUUCAUGACCGCCAAGUACGGAGACGACGUGCCGGGCCCGGAGAUGGAGAACGCCUGGAACGCUCUGGUCAGCAACGACAAGUGCAGCAACAACCUGAGGACCGCCCUGCAGUACCUCAUCAGCCUGUGUGGGGUGAGCAGUGACACCAGGCUGCUGCCGUAUAUUAAGAAGGUGGUGAUCUACCUGUGCCGGAACAACACCAUCCAGACCAUGGAGGAGCUCCUGUUCGAGCUGCAGCAGACGGACCCCGUUAACCCCGUGGUGCAGCACUGUGACAACCCACCAUUUUACCGCUUUACCGCCAGCAGUAAGGCCUCUACUGCUGCCUCAGGGACAACAUCCAGCAGCAACACAGUAGUUGUUGGCCAGGACACUUUCUCAGACACAGGUGAAAACAAAAUGUCCAGGGAGAAUGAGGACAGGUUCAGCAACAUGAUGCGGGCUCACACUCGGCUGGAGUCUCGCUACAGCAACAGCUCUGGAGGAUCCUACGACGAGGAGAAGAACGACCCUCUCCCGCCCUACACCGGUUGGCUGAUGAGCGUGCUGGAGUCCAAUAAGCCGCAGCCUCUGCCCAUGCCGGUCAACGGAGGAUGCUGGGCUCCCCUGGUGGACUACCUGCCGGAGACCAUCACCCCGAGAGGCCCUCUGCACCGGUGUAACAUCGCGGUGAUCUUCAUGACGGAGAUGGUGGUGGACCACAGCGUGAGAGAGGACUGGGCCCUGCACCUGCCCCUGCUGCUGCACGCACUCUUCCUGGGUCUGGAUCACCAUCGGCCGGAGGUGUUCGAACACAGCAAGAGGCUGCUCCUGCACCUCCUCAUUGCCCUUUCCUGCAACAACAACUUCCAGGUCAUCGCCUCCGUCCUGCUGCUUACCCGAGAGAUGAGUGACAGCAAGACCCUGACAGUCAGGACCAGCUACCAGCCUGAAUACCAGCACACAGGGGGCUAUGACUUCCUGCGGGAGUGCCAGGCCUCCCCGGUGCCAGACUCUGGCCUCAGCUCCUCCUCCACCUCCUCAAGCAUCAGUCUGGGUGGCAGCAGCGGGAACCUCCCUCAGAUCUCCCAGGAGGCCGAUGGGCUGGAGGAGAGUUCCACCGAGUCCGACGACAAGACCAGCAAGCUCGUCGAGUUCCUCACCACCAGUGCACGCUGUACUGUGGUGUCAUUGCUCAGGGCCUUCGGACCGCUGUGGUGCCACGAGGACAUCUCCCUGAGAAACCACAGCUCCAGGAGCACGGAGCAGCUGGCCAACUUCCUGCGGCACGUGGUGGCCGUGUUCAAGGAGUCCAAAUCAGAGCUGUACCUGGAGCAGCAGCUCAGUGACGUGGCUCUACAGACGGCCCUCUGCAGCUCCUCCCGGCAUUACGCCGGCCGCUCCUUCCAGAUCUUCCGCGCCCUGCGGCAGCCCGUCUCUGCCCACGCCGUCUCCGACCUGCUGUCCCGCCUGGUGGAGGUGGUGGGGGAGCACGGGGACGAGGUGCAGGGCUAUGUGAUGGAGGUCCUGCUCACGCUGGAGUCUGUGGUGGACAACCUGGCGGAGUGUCUGAAGCACAACGACCAGGUGCUCGUGUUAACCAGGGCAACAUCGCCGGACUUCCUGACCUGCGAGAAGCUGACGUCGAACAGGAAGAGCACGGGCCAGCUGAACAUGACGCAGGGGGCGGGCAGGGUCGCCGCCGAGCGCAACCGGCACCAGAGGAGCUUCUCCGUGCCCAAAAAGUUCGGCGAGGUGGACCGGUCGUCGGACCUGCCCCGCAGCGCCACGCUGGACCGCAUCCAGGCCUGCGCGCAGCUGGGCAGCCUCGCCAAGACCGCCAGCCCCGCGUCCUCCUCCCGGGACAACAUGGCCGACCCGGCGCACGCCAACCACCCCGCCAACCUGCUGGCCACCGUCUUCUGGGUGGCGGUGUCGCUGACGGAGUCGGACUUCGAGUUCGAGUACCAGAUGUCCCUGCGGCUGCUGCACAAGCUGCUGGCCCACCUGCCGCUGGACAAGCAGGAGAACCGGGAGCGGCUGGAGAAGCUGCAGGCGCAGCUCAGGUGGAGCGGCUUCACCGGCCUGCAGCAGCUGCUGCUCAAGGGCUUCACCUCCCUGCCCACGGUGGACCUCACGCUGCAGCUCUUCUGCCAGCUCACCCCCGUCUCCCGCGUGCGCGUGGUGGACACCUCUCAGGCCAUAGGUUUUCCUCUGAAUGUACUGUGUCUGCUCCCUCAUCUGGUCCAGAAUUUCGACUGCCCCACUCCGUUCUGUAAGGACGUGGCGGAGAGAAUUGCGCAGGUGUGCCAGGAAGAGAAGAACACCAAGCUGUCCAACCUGGCCCACGUGAUGACCCUGUUCAAAACGCACUCCUACACUCGCGACCCCUUCUCCUGGGUCAGCGUGGUGUGCCGCUACCUGCACGAGGCCUUCUCCGACAUCACCCUCAGCAUGGUCACCUACAUGGCUGAGCUGUUGGAGAAGGGCCUUCCCAGCAUGCAACAGUCCCUCCUGCAGAUUAUCCACAGCCUCCUGAGUCACAUGGACCUCAGCGAGAUUCAAGUCAAGCCCUUCAACGUGGAGGUGCUGAAGACCAUCGAGAAGUUCGUCCAGACGGUGCAUUGGAAGGAAGCCCUCAACAUCCUGAAGCUGGUGGUGUCUCGCUCUGCCAGCCUGGUCCUGCCUUCCCACCCUCACAGCGACCUGGCGUACCUGGACAUCGGCCGCGUGUGGGACGGCUCCUCCAAGGCCCUGCCUGGGAAGACCCUGGACUUCCACAUCGACGUCUCCGAGACGCCCGUUAUCGGCAGGCGGUUCGAUGACCUGCACGGCUCCCCCGGGCGGGACGCUAAGACGCGAGCGAUAGCUGUCGCCCGCAGCACCUCCUCCACCUCCUCCGGCUCCUCCUCCAACAACGUGCUGGUGCCCAUCAGCUGGAAGAGGCCGCAGUCGUCACAGAAGAGAACUCGCGAGAAACUGGUGAAUGUGCUGUCUCUGUGCGGACAAGAAGUGGGCCUCACCAAGAACCCGUCGGUGAUCUUCUCCUCCUGUGGGGAGCUGGAUCUGAUGGAGCUCCAGCCCAGCCUGGUCUCCUCGGAGGACGGCGGGCGGGAGCCCGAGAACAUGGACGACACCGCCUCCGAGCAGCAGUUCCGCGUCUUCCGCGACUUCGACUUCCUGGACGUGGAGCUGGAGGACGGGGAGGGUGAGAGUGUGGACAGCUUUAACUGGGGUGCGCGGAGGCGCUCAGCGGACAGCCUGGAUCAGGGGGAGGCCGGGCCGCUGGAGGAGGGCCGGCGCGCGGGCAGCUCUCCCGGCGUCGGCCAGAUCGCCCCCGACGACUCGGACGAGUCCUCAGAGGAGGGGUCUGUCAGCGCCAGCCAGCUCCUCUCACACUCACAGAUCAUCAUGAACCUCUCUCCCUCUGAGGAGACCAAUAACACGGACUCUCUGUCCACCUCGGCUGAGGCGCGCCCCCUAAACACCACAGCUCCCGGUUUCGAGGUCUCUCUGCCAGAAGACCCGAACCAGAGGCCGGAGGUUUCAGCGGAUGACGAGGACACCGCCGCUCACGAGGACGACCUCUCGCUGUCCGUCGGCGAGCUGCCCCCCGGCUUCGGCUGCGGCGACAGCUUCACUCUGGACGCGGUGCCCGGAGACGACAGAGGAGACCCCGACCUGGACACCAGCUGCCUGUCCAGUCUGGGAGAGGCGGAGAGAGACGACCUGCCCUCGCCUUUCUUCUCCGCCAUCUUGGCGGCUUUCCAGCCGGCGGUGUGCGACGACGCGGAGGAGGCCUGGAGGAACCACAUCAACCAGCUGGUGUGCGACUCGGACGGGUCCUGCGCCGUCUACACCUUCCAUGUCUUCUCCUCGCUCUUCCAGAACAUUCAGAACAAAUUCUGCUCUUUGACCUGUGAUGCUGCUGGUUACCUUGGCGACGGCCUCCGGGGCAUCGGGUCAAAGUUUGUGAGGUCCUCGGAGAUGCUUACGUCCUGCUCAGAGUGCCCCACGCUGUUCAUAGAUGCAGAUACCAUCAUCUCUUACGGGCUGCUGGAAAAGAUGAAGUUCAGUGUGCUGGAGCUGCAGGAGUACCUGGACACGUACAACAACAGGAAGGAAGCUGCUAUAUCUUGGCUGCAGAAUUGUAAGGCCAGCUUUACCCAUGGAUGUGGGGAUGCGGUGAUCACCAGCCAGCCGGGAGACAUAGAGGAAAAGCAACUGGAGCUGUGUCAAAGACUCUACAAGCUCCACUUUCAGCUGCUGUUGCUUUUUCAAUCCUACUGUAAGCUGAUUGGCCAAGUUCACACUAUCAGCUCUGUUCCAGAGCUGUUGAACAUGUCUCAGGAGCUGAUCGACCUGAAGACCAGUCUUAAGGCAGCAGCGGCGUCCGUGACCGCCCGGGACUGCCCCUCCUCCACUGAACCCACCUUCAGCUCCUCCGAGGUGGCCGUGCAGGCCGUCCUGGAGGUCCUGAAGAACAACGAGUUCAGCACCGCCAUCCGCUACAUCCGCGAGUGCAGGACUAUGUGGCCCAAUGACAUCUUUGGUAGCCCUUCUGAAGACGAGGUCCAGACGUUGCUGAACAUCUACUUCCGGCACCAGACCCUGGGUCAGACGGGCACGUUCGCACUGGUGGGCUCCAAGCAGGACCUCUCGGAGAUCUGCGUCAAGCUCAUGGAGCUCAACGGAGAGAUCAAGGACAUGAUUCGCCGAGCCCAGAGCUACCGCGUCGUCAAAACCUUCCUCCCAGAAUGCAACGUGUCCGGCUCUAGCCUCUGACAGGAGUGGGGCGCCAGGACCGAGCCCCCGCUCCUGCCCCGCUGUGCUGCCCCUACCCCUGCGGAGGCCCCUCUUACUUAGGGAAAGUGGGGUGCGCUGUCCUGACACAACUCAGGAGGGGGGGGGGGGAACCCCUGAACACACAAGGAUUUUCAGGUCUUCGGGUGUCCAAGCAGCACCGCGAGAGCCAGCGCGACGUCGAGAGACUGCGUAACCCCGCGUUACGACCGAGCGCCGGCUUUUAUUGCACUAACGACAUCCCGGAGCGGCAGACACUGCGCCAACCGCCUGCGACUGAGCUCGACAACUUCCACGCCUAACAAAAAGGACAUACCAAAGUUAUAUUAACUUAUUCUUCUUCGUCUGCAGAUGUUUGCUAUUUUUAAUGUUUCGGGGAAAACGUGCAAUGCUUCACUCAAGUGAAAGACUUUUACUGUAUCAUUGAAAGAAUGUUUUAGAAUUCUCGUGCUUUUGGCUACUUGAAGUCUGAAGAACGGUGAAACAGGCGACAUGAUGCUGAUUUUAUUUUAUGUUUUUUUUUCAUUGCUUGGUUGAAAGCUGAGAGCCUGUAUAAUUGUGAACCAAACUGUAACCAGACUACCAUCCACUGAACACUGUAACGCAGGAUUCAUGCGUAUACGCUAAACUACUUACGAUGAACUAAACUACAAUAUUUCAAAGCUACUGUCUCAAAGAACUGGAUACCAUCAUUGGUCAUCUGUCACUUAAGAGAUUGGUCCGGAUAAUUUUUACUUGUGUUUGCUUUCUACUGUGUAGGUAUGCUUCUAGAGUUAUUUAUAUUAUAAAGAAAGCAACAUGCAUUGAACUUAGUAGUUUUAUAGGAUGAAAACACGUUUAUGUUCUCUUUUAAAACUGCCAAGCAUGCAUAUUUUAUGUAUGAUGAAAUGUAUUAGAAGUAUUUAUGAACAUAAGAAAUUCAUAUUUUAACUGAAAGAUACAUUUGUAUAUAGUGCAAAGGGAGCUUUGCUCAUGCUGAUGAGAUUUUAUUUUUUAAUUUGCUGUCAAACAACGGAAAUUGUGUGCAUGUAAAGAAGGUGUAUUGCACACAUUUUAAAGCUUCCAAAAGGAGUAUCAAUGUAGGUUUUUCACCAUGUAAAUACUUUUACCGCUUUUGUGAAGUCAUUUUGGUUUGUGUUCUGUACACUUAUGUAACGAAAUAAAAAAUUACAAAUGCUGGUA